GGUGUUGAAGGAUAAAGCUGAUGGGUGGAGGAAGGUGAUGCGGGGCUCUGCGGUUGCUCCAGCGGCUACGAAUCCUUCGACCACGAGUGGAAGUUGCGAUCGACGCAAUCGCUUCUCCAGACCUCAGCACGUUACAUCACUUCCCUUCGCGGAAGGGGGCACAGGACGCACGUAUCAUGUGUUUCCUGAUCGGUCUUUGAGGCUCGUAGGCAAGCCCGAUACGCUUAGUUCGGGGAUGCGUCCCAAGGAUCGAGCACGGAGCGGCUCAGCAUCAGGAGUCUUGCUCCAGGCAUCAGGUGCUCGGACGCCCAUGUAACGUUACGUCUUUAUUCUAUGCGAAGUAUUGAGCCAGAAUACAAAGUCAUUGAGAUUUCGUGUCAAUGAUUGGCCUUGGAUGUCACGCUCAUAUGGAAAAAAACCAUGCAUGUGAGGACGGGCCUAUAUC